GUAUACAGGAAAAGGGUUCGUCACAAUAUGGCCGCCGCCUGUUAAUUCCAACUACUUAUUUGAAGCAGCAAGGCAGGCAGUUUUUAAUCUAACCACCAAUUUUGUUUGAUUUUUGUACGACAUGGCUCAGUGUGUUAUGUCCGUACAUGAAUUUAUUCCGGAUUCGUUUGUACCCAUGAUAGCCGUAUUAUGUAGUAGCGAAGCGGAAAGAGUCACUCGGAAGAACAAUCUGAAUUUUCCCGAGCUGUUGAAGCCGUUCUGUCGACUGACAUCCGAAGGUCACAUCCGGGAUUCCAACAACCAGCUCCAGACUGUGAAAAACUUGCGGAUCUGUGUCAACAAUGUGGUGACAAGCCCCAGUACAUCAUCUGCUACCCUUGGGCCGUCUCAAAACCGCCUUCUCAGUGAAGUGGUGUCCGCCUGUCAACCUCAGGAGAGCGCAUAUACUACUGUCACGAGAACAGGAGAUUAUAAUUUAAAUUUAGGUGUUACCACACCCUGGUUCGAAGCCUACAGGGAAAACUUCUUGCAGUUGAUGCCUGCCUCUGACCAUGAGUUCCUGAAUCACUACCUGGCCUGCCUGCUGGUGGUGUCCUCCACUGAGCCUGUCCCCGUGGAGCAGUUCCUCAAGCUUUCCCAAGAACAGCACAGGAUUCAGCACAGUGGGGAAUACACUAAUCCAAAGUGGUUUAUUCCUAACACACUCAAGUACUACGUGUUACUGCAUGACUUGAACGAGGGAGAUGAACAAAGGGCAGAUACAGUUUAUGAAGACAUGAAACAAAGGUAUGGUCCUCAGGGAUGUUAUCUGUUGAAAAUCAACUCUCGUGCCUCUUCACCUGAGGAGGAGGAGCAGAUUCCAGACCCUUGGAGUCAAUACCUGCACAAGCAAAAUCUGCGGAACGAGGACAUGUUGGAACUCAAUCCAGCUGCUAAUAUCGCUCCAGCUCAGAACAGUGUUGUUGCACCUGAAGCUGAUUGCAGUGACUCAACAGAGAAAGAAGGACCUGGACUGUCCAGUUGCUUGGAUGCUCAUCCUCUUCAACUCGACUCAGAGACCUGCACAGCUAGCCUCCUAACACUGAGCCAUGUCGACAGUGAUGUGAAGAAUAGUAGAGGAGACACAGAGAGCCUGGCUGCAGGACCAGGGAACUAUGGGGCCUGUCUAACUCUGAAUGACCAUGACCGCAUCAGACAGUUUAUUCAGGAAUUUACUUUUAGAGGCUUGCUGCCGCACAUAGAAAAAAACAUCAGACAACUUAAUGACCAGCUGGUUUCUAGGAAGGGGCUGAGCCGUUCCUUGUUCACGGCUACCAAGAAGUGGUUUGGUGGCGGUAAAGUCCCAGAGAAGAGCGUUAGUGAACCAAAGAGCACAUAUGGCCUUCUAUACCCCCCUGAAGCUCCCGAGUUGCAGAUCAGAAAGAUGGCCGACCUUUGCUUCCUGGUUCAGCACUAUGAACUGGCCUAUAGUUGUUACCACACUGCCAAGAAGGACUUUCUGUCAGACCAGGCUAUGCUGUAUGCUGCAGGGGCACUGGAAAUGGCUGCAGUAUCAGCCUUUCUGCAAGGUGGAGCCCCAAGGCCAUAUCCAGGCCACUAUAUGGACACUGCAAUACAAACAUACAGAGAUGUCUGCAAGAACAUGGUGCUGGCUGAGCGUUGUGCAUUACUCAGUGCUGAAAUACUGAAGAGUCAGGGAAAAUACUCAGAGGCUGCAACUCUUCUUAUUAAGAUGACCAGUGAGGACUCUGACCUUCGCAGUGCUCUGCUGUUGGAACAGGCUGCCCAUUGUUUCAUCAACAUGCGCAACCCUAUGGUGCGCAAGUUUGCCUUCCAUAUGAUCUUGGCUGGUCAUCGCUUCAGCAAAGCAGAACAGAGGACGCACGCACUGCGCUGUUACAGUCAAGCCAUGCAGGUCUACAAGGACAGGGGCUGGUCUUUGGCAGAGGAUCAUAUCAACUUUACAAUUGGCCGUCAGUCCUUUACACUUGGGCAACCUGAGUACGCUUUACUGGCCUUCAGACAGAUCCUGAGUAAUGAUAGCAGACAGACAGCCACACAGCAGGCUGCCUUCCUCAGAGAGUACCUCUACGUUGUCAAGAGUGUGCUAGGAGAAAACGAAAGCUGCCCCCCCCAGCUGCCACUGCCUUACAUCAAUAGCUCUGCUACAAGAGUCUACUUAGGACAUGAACGUCGCCUUGCAGAAGGGGAGAAGCAGGCAGCUACUCACGUUUCCUUGGAUCAAGAGUAUGACCAGGAUUUGUCAGUCUUGUGGUGCCAGCUUGAGGAGCAGCUUGCAGCAUCUGCCAAUCAAGGGGUUCUUCCGAGUAACUUCCAACCUACUCAGUGCUGUCUGAACAGUCAGACAGACAACCUCCAUCACCCACUGGCUGUGGUUGAGGAACCAAUUAUUGUGGAGGUCACAUUCAGGAACCCUUUGAAGGUUUCUUUGCUUUUGUCCAACCUCUCACUUCUCUGGAGGUUUACUAUUGGCACACUUUCAGGAGGAAAGGAAUCAACAAGUGAGCAAUUAGGUGGAGAGAUGAUUACUAAUGAGGACACUUCAUCAGGCAAAAAAGAUGAAAUUGUCACAACUGAGAUCAUCCAAGAGUUUUUCCUGGGAUCAGAAGAGACCAAAACCGCCCGGCUGAAGAUGCUGCCACACAGAAUGGGUCAGCUGAAUAUCGUAGGACUGAUCUACAACCUGACUUCAUCUCAGUUUGGAGAAACCUCUUCAAACACUGAUGGGCAGCAGAUGUUAGACUCCAUGAUCAUUCGUGGUAGACAAGACCUGAAGAUCCAGGGCCCACGGCUUAACUUGACCAAAGAAGACAAGAUGAUGCUUCGACACGGUACAGAUCGACGUUUGGAGCCCAUCAUAACUUCUCCUAUGCCCCUAAUGGAGGUUUUCUUCCUGCAUUUUCCCACUGCUCUGCUGUGUGGUGAGAUCAGGAAAGCUUAUGUCGAGUUCCAUAACGUCAGUGCUGUUGCUCUGUGUGGCCUCCGUGUGGCAUCCACCCACCCUGAUUUCUUCACAUUUGGCAGCCAGGCCACAACACCUUUCACACCUCCCAGCCCAGGCUCAGCUGAGAACUGCUCAGCCUAUUUAACUUUUCCUACACCACACCGGCCAGGCUCGGUGUCCUCUGAGAUGUUGGUUUCUGCCCCUGUUUUCAGUCAGCCAUCUGGGGUAAUGGAAAUCCCCAUACAUGGCAGUACACUGGAACCAGGGGAGUCCAUUCAGCUGCCCAUGUGGCUCCGAGGACCAGACCAGGAAGGAGUCCAUGAAAUCAACUUUCUGUUCUACUAUGAGAGCACAGAGAAAGGACUCAAAAUAAGUCAUCGAGUGUUACGUCACACGGUGUUUAUCUGCGCCAGUCGGUCUUUGAGUGUACAGGCCUCAGCCUGCCGCAGCAGUGCUUCUCCGCAUCACUCUCUAGAUGAAAAAGGCAGCGGAGCAACACUUGUUUUUAUUGAUGUGGAGAACGUAAAUGCGAGUGAAAGUGGUGUCCGUGAGUUCCACAUUGUCCAGGUGUCUAGCAGCAGUCAGCACUGGCGGCUCCACAAGUAUAUCAAUCCAGGCAACAAUUAUGAUUGCAGACUCAGCAGUCAAGAAAGAGCCAAACUUUGUUUUAAGGCUAUGCAAUGCAAAUCCCACGAAGGCUCUGAUGCUGUAAAGAAAUACACUUUCGCAGACCUGAAUCUUGGAAAUGAACAGAUCAUUAGUUCCUCAACACCCUGUGGAGAUUUCUUCUUCCGUUGCCAUCAGAGCUCAGUUUUUCAACAAAGGAACUUGGCCAGGACAUCCUUCAGCAACAAAAGCCAGGACUCUCUCACCACUGAAAACACAGACUCAGACAUUACAAAUAUUGCGAAGAAGUGUAAUGAGCUUGACCUAAACAUAAUAGUCAUCUGGAAGGCUUAUGUCGUAGAGGACAACAAACAGCUCAUCUUAGAAGGCCAGCUUCAUGUGGCCCUGCGGACAAUUGGCAAAGAGGCCAGUUCUCUAAUUCCCAAAGAGGAAGCUCAGGAGAUGAUGCUUCUUAGGUUUAAGUCAGAGUUGCCUCCUCCAGUCAUUCUGCCUUAUCAAGAGCUUUCCCAGCUCAUCAGAACAAACCUCUGCUAUCCUGAAACCUUUACACAUCAGUUUGUGAAAGACAGCCUCUGCUUAGUCCCAGUUACUCUGACUUUGUCCAACUGCUCCUUGGCUCAAAUAGAUGUCACAGUUGACCUGCGGCACAAAAGCACCAGUUCGGAGUCUCUGGAAGUCCACGCCUCGUUUGCUUGGGUGGGUCAGACUCAGUACAAGUUGCAGCUGCGGCGGCGAGAGGUGGUGAGCCUCACUCUGCAAGCCUGUUUCUUUCGCGCUGGUGUCUACAACCUGAACACACCAUGGGUUUUCGCCAAGCUAGCUGAACACAGCACAAUGUGUGAAUCAAGUCAGCAAACAACUAGUCCUGCUCUCAUCAUCAUUAACAACGCCUGUCCCCUGAUGCCCUGAGGGGACAGUAAGGGGCUACUGACACACCAUGGGGGACUUGGCAGACACAAGAACUCCUUAAGGCACAGCUAUGACUCUGUGACAGCAAUACUGGUGAUAAAAACUGAAAAGUGACACCAAUGAGCUGAUGGUAUACAUAUGAACCCUGGUUUCAUCAGCUAACAAAUAGUAUGUGCUUUACUGGUUGACUUCCUGUCGUACAAUGAACCCUUCCUUCUCCCUCUGUACCCCAGAAUCCUCAUCCUCCCAUAUUGUGUUAUACAUGUUUGUCCAGAGCAAGUCUUACACUUUUCUUUGCUUGUUAACAUAAAACAGGUGAAAGUCCUGCCACAGACAUGUUGGUGUUGGACAAGGAUAUUUCCUUCAAAUAACGGCAUGAAUAUAAAAUAGCUAAAAUUCUCAGUUUGGUUCGAUCCUGUCCAGUUGGAGUGACCAUUGUUUCCACAGACUGGGCUGGUGGUGUCUAUCUGAACCUGAAGGAGAUCAGAUUCAAAACACUUGCCUGCAUUGGCUGGAAAUCCAUCUUGCUGGCAUUUAGGGAUCUUUAUUAUGACAAACUAUACCUUUCUUGAAAGUGCAUCAGGCUUUUUUUUCUCAAAGUACAGAUUGCCCUUCUAUAGACUUGACAUCUCAUCUGAAAAAUAUGUAUUUCCUAAUAGCAAAUUGGAUGUUAAAAUAAAGGUAAUGAUGCUGGCAAAAUUAUGUAUUUCCUCUUAGUGUAUUCAGUGUAGGAUUAUUUUCAUUAAGAUAUAUGUACAACUGGAAGUAAUUCUUUAAAAAUCCACCAUGAUAUUCUUUGUAGUGUUUAUUAGCCCUAUUUUAAAUCACACUGCCACAUAACUAAUUAGUGAAUCAGUCUCAUAUUUUUCAUCAUUAAACAAUCUUACUAAUCCAA